GGGACAGAGAUCUCCUCGGCGGUCAAAUUGAGUACAAGAUUCCGGUCCGAAGAUGGACAGAGUUGAAGUGGAAAGCGAAGCUCCUGCAAUAAAAGCUCUAGGUUCUCUCUUCAAACUCACCGAAGUCCACUUAUGGGAUGAUACUUCGAUGGAGACUCGAGUAGCUGCACGGUUACCGGAGCGCAAUAAAUCGUCUCGGGAGGAUGGUGGUAUCGGCUCAGAUAUCUCUCGCACAAGUAGCGAUUUUAGCUUCUCAGCAGAGGAUGUAGAGCUGGCAAAAGAAAUGAAUGCAUUGGGCCUUCCCUUUUCCUUCAACUCUAACAAGGAGAUGAUGAGCAAAAAGGCCUGUUGUAAGGGGAAGAAUGAACACCUGAAGAAUUCUAUUGGUCAAAAGAAAUCUCAAGAGGAAGCACAAGAAAUUUCCAGAGUGAGUGAAGCGGAGAUUGCAUCUCCUUCUAUAUCUCAUGGUAAAACAAGCAGUUCUUUUUGUUGCAUGUCAAUGCUGGGCCAAAGUGAAUUAUCUUACUAUGAUGUUGCAGUGGAUGUUAAUGACCCUCAGACAGCUGAGCUAGGAAAUUCAACCAGUUCAACUGGAAUUACUUGUGUCACUGUCAGGGAACAAAAAUGUGAUGGAACUUCUGACCCAGUGUCUGAGAGUAUCUGUGGUUGUGACAAUGGACAGCACAGUGAUGUAGGAUCCAAAGAUGAUGAGGAAAUAGCAUUGUGCUCUACUAGUUUAAGGGCUACACUUUUUCCAGAAUGCUGUUUCAUGGAGCCAGAGGCUGAUCGGUGCAACAAUGAAUGUAAUAGAAGCUUGAUGGAUUAUGAACGUGCUGAAGGUUUCUCAGGGGCUUACCAUAUUCAAAAGGAUGAAAAUAUUUGCAUUCAGGGCAACACCGAGCAGCCACCAGUUUCUGAAUCAGUUGCAGAUUCCCCUAGUUCAGAGUUGCUUGACUGUGAUGGAACUGACAACCAGUACCAUAAUGGGGAAUCUGGAGAUUGGAAGGUGUACUGGGACUCUUUCUACUCAAGAAACUACUUUUACAAUAUCAGAACUCAAGAUUCCACAUGGGACCCACCCCCUGGCAUGGAACAUCUAGUAUUUGAUGACUCUGCCACUAAGCUAGGUAUUGAAUCCCUUGUGACAUCCAUUUAUGAUGAUCAAGUAGAAGAGCAGAAACCUAAUCAGCUGUCAAUGGGGAUUGGAUCUGCUGCUGCUUCUAAUGUAAUCAAUCCUUCUGAAAUCAACGAUUUUGAGCCACUGGAUGAGCUUUCUGGGAUCAUCGAAAGUUGCAACAAAGAAGUUAUGUUAGGCAUUGUUUUGGAUGCUCAGGAUUGUAUAGGCAGCUCAAGCUGCUCAGCCAAGAAACUUACUGGAUGGAUUUCUGAGGGUGAUAAUAUCUGUUCAGGAACUGUUGCUUCAUUAACAGAUCAGUUGGAUACAGAGUGUAUCCCUGUAAUGAGAAAAAAGAGGACAAGAAAAACAAAAGCUCAGAGGAGAUUAUCCAAGGACAAUGAAGGGAUGCUUGAGCAGUAUUCUGCCAACAUUGGCAAAUAUUGGUGGCAGAGGUACCUUUUAUUCUCCAGAUUUGAUGGUGGUAUAAGAAUGGAUGAAGAAGGGUGGUUUUCUGUUACACCAGAAUCUAUAGCAAGGCAUCAUGCAUCCCGUUGUGGGAGUGGGAUCAUAAUUGACUCUUUUACUGGAGUUGGAGGGAAUGCUAUUCAAUUUGCACAGAGGAGUGCACAUGUUAUUGCAAUUGAUAUUGAUCCAAAGAAGAUUGAUUAUGCAUAUCAUAAUGCUGCUGUGUAUGGAGUUGAUGACCGGAUAGAUUUCAUAAAGGGAGACUUUUUCCUCUUGGCACCUAAAUUGAAGGCAGACACAAUCUUCUUAUCACCACCUUGGGGGGGUCCUGAUUAUGUGAAAGUAAAUACAUAUGACAUCAAGACAAUGCUUAAGCCUCAUGAUGGAUAUUUUCUGUUUAAUGUUGCAAAGGAAGUUGCCUGCCACAUUGUCAUGUUUCUCCCAAGAAAUGUUGAUCUCAACCAAUUGGCUGAAUUGUCUCUAUCUGCACAGCCUCCAUGGUCAUUAGAGAUUGAGAAGAACUUCUUGAAUGGCAAAUUGAAGGCAAUAACUGCUUACUUUGAGAACUCAGCAGCAAGGUAGAGGUAAAUCAGCUUAAUUAUCAGGGAGUGGGAAAAAGGAAUGAAGUCAGCUUUUGUUCAAUGUUGAGGAGCCAUAAGUUACAUGUACAAGUUUUAGCUGUAAAGUUAGCCAUAUUUAUCAAUUAUCAUUUCAUGUACCAUUCUGUAGAUUACCCCUUUAUGACUGUUGGCUGGGCUGUUGAUUGCCUAUGGUAUAGCUGCUUCUAAUAUGCUUUGAUGUAGAAAAACCUUUGUAGAAAAGCCUAGUUUCUCUUUUUCUUUUUCUUUUUUCAUUUUUUGGGCCUGUAGUGUAGUUUCCUGAUUAGACAGAAAGUUCUAUUGGUCAUUUAAG